UAGUUACCCGCAGAAAGAUCUUUAACUUCAAGAACGACGUACCGGAUUUGGCCGCGAAAGCUCAACAAACACACAAAAAAUGUGUUGCUGUAAACUAGCUUUACAUAUUUAGUUAUUACAUAAUGUAGUUGAGUUUAGAACAAUGUGGGCAGAUGAUUCACACAUGGGCUUUUGCUAAAAGGGAAGAAGAAUAUAUUCUUUUAACGCGGCUUUAUAAAGCUCUUCCUUAAGUCACCGUUCGUUUAUUCAAAGAUCAAGCACAAAAAGAACAUCAAAUCUCCAAACUUUUUAUUUGUUUUUUAUAUAUUCAAUAGCUUCUUUUCACUAUAAAUUUUAUAGGUUUCUUGUAAUUGUUGUUUCAUCUCAUUGUUGGUCUGUUUAUUAAGGUUUUAUCAAUGGAAGCUGGUGCUUUAAACUCAGUGAUCAAUAGAUUGCUUGAAGCUAGAGAGAAACCAGGAAAGAUUGUUCAGUUGUUUGAAACUGAGAUCAAACAGCUCUGUUUCGUCUCUAGAGAUAUCUUCUUGAGACAACCAAAUCUCUUGGAACUCGAAGCUCCUGUCAAGAUCUGUGGGGACAUUCAUGGACAAUACCCGGAUCUCUUGAGACUAUUCGAACACGGAGGAUACCCUCCUCGUUCAAACUACUUGUUUCUUGGAGACUACGUGGACCGUGGCAAGCAAAGCCUUGAAACGAUUUGUCUCUUGCUCGCUUACAAGAUCAAGUUCCCUGAAAACUUCUUCCUUCUUAGAGGAAACCACGAGAGUGCUUCAAUCAAUCGUAUCUACGGCUUCUACGACGAGUGUAAACGCCGUUUCAGUGUCAAGAUUUGGAGAAUCUUCACCGAUUGCUUCAACUGUCUCCCCGUGGCUGCACUCAUCGACGACAGGAUUCUCUGUAUGCACGGUGGGCUCUCCCCGGAGCUGCGUAGCUUGAGACAGAUUAGGGACAUUCGCCGUCCAACUGAUAUUCCUGAUCGUGGUUUACUCUGUGAUCUCUUGUGGUCUGAUCCUGAUAAAGUGGUUAGAGGAUGGGGUCCUAACGAUCGUGGAGUUUCCUACACUUUUGGAUCGGAUACAGUUUCUGAGUUUCUCAAAAGGCUCGAUCUUGACCUAAUCUGUAGGGCUCAUCAGGUUGUUGAAGAUGGGUUUGAGUUCUUUGCGAAUAAGCAGCUCGUGACGAUAUUCUCAGCGCCGAAUUACUGUGGAGAGUUCGACAAUGCAGGUGCGAUGAUGAGUGUAGACGAGGAUUUGAUUUGCUCUUUUCAGAUCUUAAAACCUAAUGAGAAGAAAUCAAAAUUCAGCUUCGGAAGUAGAGGUGGUGUUAAAACUGGCUUCCCUUAUCCUAAAGUCAAGUCGAUCCUGAGUUCGCAGAGUUCGAAGCAAUACAACUAGUUGAGACUUGAGUGGUUCUGAAAGCGUACAAGUUUCACAUACUGUUGUUGGUUCCAUAGCACUGAGCAUAAGAGCUACUUAGCAAUCAUGCUACCGUAACAACACCAUAUCAUGGCCAGAGAGCAAGAGGAUUUUUGAAUUGCGUACUUUUGGAAGCUUCUGUUACUUUUUGGGUUGUUUAUAACUUUGCGUGUUUGUUUCUCGAUGUAGUUUUGUUUGUAAUUGUAUUAAAUUUGAAUAAAACCUGUUUUCUUUUCGACCAAACAA